GCAUCAGAGUGUGCUCCUUCGAACAUUCAUCUACUCACAAUGGCUGGUUUCCUCACCUCUGGGUAAGUUCUGGUUCUUUUGUAGUUUUUACCUGUUUUCUGAUUUUGUAUACCUUGUCAUGCUCUCUGUUUUUCCAACAGGGCUUUGCUCCUUGUUGUGCUGAUUGGAUCAAGCUACGGCUUCCCUUCAAAAACAGGUAGGACUAUCAUGCUUAAAAAUGUGUGAAAGUUGUUUUAGUUGAACUUUUGAGCACCCUUCUUCUGGUGUCCCUCCAGCUCCAGCUCCGGCACCAGUUGCUCCAGAGGAAGUUGCUCCUGCUCAGCCUGAGUACUCCGUGCAACCAGUGGCCAUGUCCCAGAGCACUAAUCUUCCUGCACCUUCAGGCUACAUUAGCAGCUCUCCUGGAGGUUUCCAACAUGCCGCCUCUGAAGGUAACUCGCAGUAAUGUGACUGACUUCCACUUGCUUGAGCUCCUGCUUUAACUUGCUAUCUCUUUUCAGAUGUUGCCUGGGCAGUUCAACCCCUCAGUCUCCUUACUGGUGUCGCUCCUGCCGGAAGUAACGCAGCAGGUCUCGCUGCUGAGCCUGUUGGGGCUAGCUAUGGGGCUCAGCCACAGUACCAUCCAGGUGAUCUGGCCCAGUAUGAGGGGAGCUAUGAGCACGGCAACUCUGAAUCCGAGACCCAUGGACUCGACUACCAAUCCAAGUCUCGUGGCGCUCCAGCUCCAGCUGUCGAACAGGUGUACGUCAGUCCUCUGCCAGUAGGCCCUGGCGGCUUUGGAGGAAUGGGCUUUGGAGGUUGGCCUGCCUUUUCCUACCUCUACGACUACAUGUUCAUGACCGGCCAGUACCCUCCAGGCACCCUUACUCACUCCAGUGAAAGCUACGAGCAGGGGGCCGACCACUGGCAAGAUGCCCACUACCAGAGGUACUACAUCCCCUCCUACACCCUCACUGAGAUCCAGCCUGUCGUCCAGGAGCCCAAGGGAAAGACGCCAAAUGCACCUGUGAAGCAAACUACUGGCAUGGUAAGCCUAUAAAAUUGGUAUAAAGGUCUCCGAUGCUUGACUAUGAUAUUAACGUUGGCUUUCUUGUCUUCCAGGGUGGAUUCUGAGACUCUCUGAAGACUUUGUUUCUCUGACUUUAAUAAAACAGUUUGAACUCCAUCUGCAAGUUUGUCAAUCAUUCUUCUGAAGUGUCUGCAUUGAUGGUAGCGUAAAGGCACAAAUUGAUCAGGUAGUUGGACAAUUUUUAAACAGUCUACUUCAAGAAACUGAGUAGAACUGCUUAUGAUUGGCAG